CCGGAGAUGAGACCUAACGAUCCAGAAGUGAUGACGCAUUCCUCCAUCCCUCGCGUUGCGCAGGUAGAGGAUCAUCGGCACCAAUUCUCCAUUCAACUGAAACAUGUAUACCGAAGCAGCUCAUCGUUUCAACUCCAGCUCUGGUGUGCCGGAGAAGAGCUCUCUCACCGGCGCCGCCACCAACAUGAAGAAGCUGCUAAAGAGCAUCAGGCGGAUCUUCACCCACUCGAAGGCGGGCAAGGACCUCAGCGCGAUCCGUCACACGUGCCACAGCGAGGAGGAGCAUCAGAACUGGCUAAACGAACAAUGGGAGUCCAGCAAAAUCUGUCUCCACUGAGGCUAUGGCCACAUUGGCGAUCCCUCUGAGCAUCUGUGAUGGGACUUGCUCGCAUGGUCGAUAAACGAGCACGCCGGCUUUAAACUCAAACUGUGAU